AUGCUGUUGCCGACUAGCCGUUCCGUUCGCCUCCUAGUCACAAUUCACAUUUUUCCACUGCUCGUGGACAGUUUACUCAACGCCGACAACACGCCAGUUAUUGGUGGCGCUGGUAUGUUUUUGCGAUUGCCCGGCUGGUUUUGACACAUGGCAUUUGAUGAUGGUGGCCUAGGAGCCGACACGAUUUUAAGAUUGACAACUAUUGUAGCUCUAUUAUAGGGGCACCGGACAGAAAGGGCGCCGCGCUGUUCGCAAUCUGGCAGAAUUUCUAGGCCGCGAAGUAAAUUUCCACUGAAAAUGUGGCCUAAUGUUUCAAACUCGACCCCGAGGUCCCUCAAUUUGCACUGUAUUUUUUGCACAGUUUCUCAAUAGAGCGCCAUUUCUGUGCGGUGCCCCUAUAAUAUCAUUCAAAAAAAAAACCUACUUGCACUGACAGAAAUGGCUCACAGACCCGAAAUCUUCUGAACGGUUGACUAACAAGCUUCCGUUAGAGCGUCAAACAUUCGUCCGCAAGGGUUCAAAUUAUCUAGAUAAAUUUACAAGUGGUUACGGUAGAUGACCUAAAUUUUUCAUAAAAUUGCCUCACUAGGUGGCAGAGUUGAGCGGAAGAACACGGAAGAAUUUUUAUCUUUUUUUGAAAAUUUUUUCAUGAAAUGUGAUCAACUGACGAAAUGUAUAGCAAAGUGAACUGUGCGCAUAGAAAAAUAAUUGUAAAUUUAGCAAUUCAUACAAAAAAGUUAAGGGCUAACCGAAGACGGAAGGACAUUUUCACGCAACAACUCGAAUAACUUUUUUGUAUGAAUCGCUAAAUUUACAAUUAUUUUUCUAUGAGCACAGUUCACUUUGCUCUACAUUUCGUCAGUUGAUCACAUUUCAUGAAAAAAUUUUCUAAAAAAGAUAAAAAUUCUUCCACUGAGUUCUUCCGCUCAACUCUGCUAGGUGGUCUAAAUUUUCAACCGGACGGACUAGUUUCCCAAAUCAACGGCCUAGAUUUUCGAUCUAACAAUGACUUACAAAGGUUUAGUCGGAUCUAGGUCGAAAACUAGAGAUCACUUACACAAAACGGAUCGAAUUUCAUUCUCUCUCUCUUUUCCACCACUUUUUUGCCAGUCUUUAAGCCGAAUCUAGUUAGAGAACCGAGAGAAUCGAGUCAGUCAAAAGAUCAAAGUCAACAAAGUAUCAUCUGUCCGGAUGUGUUUGCCUAUUGACCCCCCCCCCUCUGGAUAUAUAAAUGUAUUAUAUUAUAUGUGACAAAGAAAUCGUAUCCCGUUGCCGCCGAGUCGAGAUCGAAUUUCGCGCAAUUAGGUCACGAUGCGGACAUUUUUGAAACGAAAUUUUCAGCCGACGCCAUCUUCCAGUCGGAGCCCACAAUCUCGGUCGAGUACUACGGUAGCUCCGGAUCCUCUCCCGCGGAUGCCACGUCGUCAUCGUCGUCGUCGUCGUCGGGCCGAGUUCAGAUGCCGAACGCCGAAGAAAAUGAGGGAAAUAAUGGAGCGAUUGUGAUGUACAAACAUCCGAAAGCACAAUUCUAUCCGAGACCUCAGGUACUAUUGUACUUUGACGCUUUUUUUUGGAAAUUUUAAAAUCCGAAUUUUUAGGGAAACUACGGAGGAUACGGAGGAUAUCGACCGAAUCCGCCGCCGUUGGGCUAUUCGUACGUCGGAUAUAUUAACCGACAGGUGAGUUGGCGGAUUACUGUAGCGUCCAGAAGGUCUAGGAGUACAAGUGACCACUAUUCAAAUCGUCUCGAUUAUUUUCGCUUUUAAUUUGCACAUCCAUGCUUGGAUUACUGUAGGCCGGAAGGAUACUAAAAUCGAAACAGAAAACAUUGUAGCUAAAAUUUGAGAUUUAAUACAAAGAAAACGGGCUUUGCGGUCCUAUUAACUCAAAGAUCAGGUACUGUGGGCUCAUAGGAUUACUGUAGUCCACCGUACUUUUCUUUUCCAGGCCCGCCGCUAUCCGGUCAUGAUGUACACGCUCAUCCAAUGCGUUCCCUGCCAGAGGGCGAAACAUCUGCUGGCCACCACGUACGGAGACGUUCCCUCGCAUUUCUUGGGUACGUUUUGGAUGACCGCACCUUUUUUCCGCCUUUUCGCUUCAAGACCCAUAGCCUAUGGGUGUUGAGGUGAAAAUAAAAGAGGUCCAAACCAUCUUCAGAACUGGUCGGCGACGAAGACUGGCAACGUCAGCUGCAAGUGGACCUUCUGAAGGUCACCCGCCAGGCCACGUUCCCCUACGUUUUCGUGUGCGGUCAGUUCGUCGGCGGCUCGUCGGACCUCUUCAACAUGCAUCAUUCGGGACAACUGCGACAAGUGCUUAAUAAUUGCAUGUCAAGGAACGGAUAA